AUGCACAGAUCAACUGUGAUAACCAGUUACAUCUUUAAAUUUGAAUUACUGAAAAAAACUAUGGAAAGAGAAUCGUUCGAGGAUCUUAAUACAAAUUCAAAUUUAAAAUUGCCAAAAGAUGUGGGUUUAUAUUGGAUACACUGCAACCGUUGCUUAGAAUUAUAUAUACGAAAGCGAAGGAGAAUAUUCUUGCUCUCUUGUAAUCAUAUGAUAUGCGAAAAAUGUGCAACAACGCUCGCUAUUAAUAAUAUAAAUGUGUCCAGUGAAGUAAAUUGUCCAAUUUGUAAUAAAACACAGCGUUAUCGAGUAUUAUGCAACGUUAUGCCAGCACAUGCAAAGGAGCUUUUAAAUCCUGAACCAUGGCGUGAACCAAAUGAACGCAUCUUGAGUUUUCAGGCAAAACAGCGAGAAAGUUUUAAAAAAGGAAUGUUUCGUAAACGAACUGAAAUGGAAAGAGUUAAAAGAAAGUGUAAUGCUUUGGAGAUUAACUCAAAGCAGAAAUACGAAAAAUACGAGCAGCUGCGAUAUGAGCGUAAACAAUUGGAAAGGGAGGUACUUAAAAUAAAGAAAUUUGAAUUGCAGCCUAACAGUAAAUAUUUUCAAGCAACAGAA